UAAAAAAAAUUUGUGCAUAAAAAGAGCCGCCGGAGUCAAGCGUGAAGCCAAACCCGAUCCACCCGCCCAUCUGUUCGGAGUGUAAUACUCUUUUUGCGAUGGUGGAUAAUUGCAAAAUGAUUCAUCUGGUGAGGAUCGUCCUGAGCGUGCUGGUGACGGUUUACUGCGUGGAGGCGCAGUUCGAGCCUCCCAGUGCUACCGUCGAGCCGCUCAGUCCCGUUGGGAUUAGGAUAUCAGUACCACACGUGGAGGGCAUGAGCCUAGUGGCAUACCAUGUGAAGUUCAAUGACGAGUUUUAUAGCUUGGAAGCCGGUACCAUAGCAGUCGACGUAAUCAAGAGACGUAACGGCCGUUGGGUGUACCAGGAUAAGUCGACGAAGUUGAAAAAAGGCGACGUUGUCCAUUACUGGGUCCACGUGGUUUAUAACAAAUUGGGUUACAACUUGCUCGACCAAAAGCACGUGGUUACUGAGAAAAGAAAUUUGUUUGCACCCAAGGAUUACGAGUUCGUGGUCUAUCGGAACUCGGCGAAGAACGUCAAUAUGCAGAAUGGGCUGACCAUCACUCCGGUCCUGCUGAGCGAGGAGUACGGGGAAGAGUUCGUUAACACCGGGAAGAUGACGCUCGAAAAGUGCACGGGCAGCCAGGGGAGCUACGAGUGCCAGCGCACCGGUCGGUCCUGGAACAUACUACCGGCCGUCACCUCCGGCCGGCUAAACAGCCGCAAGUUCCUCAAUUUCGCGUACGGCCGGGUGCAAAUAAAGGCCAAGCUGCCCCGCGGCGACUGGAUUUACCCCCUUCUGAUGCUGCAAUCGGCGCGGGGCAACCAGCAGAUCCGGGUAGCUUCGUCGUCCGGCAACACCGAGUUGACUCACAACGACAACGACAUAAGCAACAAAAUCCUGUGGGGCGGGAGGAUCGAUCGCGGCUCGUCGGCACUGGAGAGCUUCAACGGCCGGGACCGAAGCGUCGUGUACAACGCGAAGCUGUGGUCGGAGGACUUUCACGUGUACGAGCUCACGUGGAGUCCGGGGAAAAUCAUUCUGAGCGUCGACGGUGAAAAGUACGACGAGGUCACCAGCUCCGAGCUCAACACCAACUCUCCGUACUACUUGACCAUUGGCCUGGCUGUUGGGGGCGUGAUGGAGUUCCCGGACUCCGCUAAAGACACCAAAAAGUUUUGGCGGAACGACCAAGCAAAGGCUGCCUACAACUUUUACUUGAACAAACACGUCUGGUCGAAAACGUGGUUGAACAACGCCAAGUCUCUGAAAGUGGAUUACGUGAAGAUUUGGGCUCUGUAGGGGGAAAAGCUUGGAUUUUCAUCAUCGACAAGGAAAUUUUUUUUUGUUCUCUCUUUCCUGUUGAUACCGAUGAUACUCGAACAAAUUAAAGUUUCAGUGAUGUGUACCUUUACUUUGCUGUAAAUUUUGUUUCUCUUUGCACCUGUGCAAAUGAGUGUGAUUUUUGUUUAAACUCAUGUGUAAUAUACAGGCAAGCUCAUAACGCGUGCUUGCGUUUUGAAUAUUUAUUUGAAUCUCGAGGAAAAAAAAUUUUUUUUUUCUUUCCUUGCUGUGGCUUUUUGCUUCUUACGAAUAUCGAAUCUGACAAAAGAUUCAUUGAGUACACGUGAAUUACCCCGAUAAAAUUUAACAAUACAAACGCGUGUACGGUAGUGAAUGUUUUUUUUUUUUCCAUCACUUACACGAUUUGAGCGCAUGUGUUGAUUUUACAGUCAUUGCGGACGUGCGAUCGGUUGGAAACUUAAACACACCUUGGCGUUAGUUGACUCUUUUGUUUAAAUGAAAAAGAAAAUCUUACAACACGCUUAUCAAUAAAACGAGACAAAGUACGAUUUCCUCUUUUUAUUUUUUUUUCAUUUUGGAAAGUAAAUUAUCAGUUAUCAUGUAACACAUGUAGGCUUUUAUACUUGCGUCUGUUUUUUUUUUUGUUUUCAAAUACUAAUUUUGUAAAACUUUGAAGAAAAACUUUUUUUUCCCAAAUAAA